AUGACAAAACAGGCCAACCUCUACGCCUUCCCUACCAUCGACGCCCUUGCGGCCGCUCUCCGUGCUUAUGUCAUUUCGUGCCAGGAUGCUGGUCUGCAGCGCCAUGGCGUCUUCAAGGUCGCCGUCUCGGGUGGCUCCCUUCCCAAGACACUAGCUCAGGCCCUUCUGGCUCCUCCUUCCUCUGAAACGGAUGUGAUCAAGUGGGACAAGUGGGAGAUUUUCUUCGCCGACGAGCGUGCGGUGCCCCUCGAUCAUCCCGACUCUAACUAUGGUUUGCUCAAGGCCGAGCUCCUUGACAAGCUUCCCGAGGGCGUUGCUCCGUUCAAAGUGCAUACCAUCGAUCCUGAAGCUCUUGAAGACACCCAGGAGCUGGCCGACCGCUAUGAACAGGCGCUUGUUCAGAGUUUUGCCAGCCGUGACUCGGUCAAGCUGCCUAUCUUCGACCUUUUGCUGCUCGGCUGCGGUCCUGAUGGUCAUACCUGCUCGUUAUUCCCUGGUCACCCACUGCUGCGUGAGUCAGACGCCUGGGUUGCCCCCAUUGAGGAUUCGCCUAAGCCGCCGCCGCGUCGCGUUACUCUCACCCUGCCUGUUGUGAAGCAUGCUGUGAGGAUCGCGUUUGUGGCUACGGGUGGCGGGAAGAAGGAAAUUAUGAAAGAGAUCUUUGAGCAGGGCAACGGGCUGCCUUGUGCGCUGGUUAAUGAAGGUACAGGGGAGAGGUGCAGCUGGUUUGUGGACAACGCUGCGGUUGAGGGCGUCAGCUAUCCCCGCAGGCCAUUCAGCCUGUAG